AUGACCAUUGAGAAGUUGCAGUUUUCCCUGCCGGCAGUGUUCACAAUCGGCCCUGACAAUGAGCAAGUAGCGCUUAGGAAAUAUGCGCUGCUUCUUUCUGGCUGCGCAGAAGAGGCUUCCUCUGCUCAACCAACGGACUUAACCAAUCAGACAAGGCAUAACCAUGUCCAGGACAUCGUUCGAGGAAUCAUCGAAGGCGAGACACGCGUGAUCGUUUCCAGCAUGUCCAUGGAGGAAAUAUUCAAGGAGAGACAAGUCUUUAAGACAAAGGUGAUCGAAAACGUCCAGAAUGAGCUUCAGCACUUUGGGUUGAGAAUUUACAAUGCCAACGUCAAGGAGCUUCAAGACACUCCUGGAAGUGAAUACUUUGCCUUUUUGAGUCGUAAGGCUCAUGAAGGAGCCCUUAACCAGGCUAAGGUCGAUGUCGCCGAGGCCCGCAUGAAAGGUGAAAUUGGAGAGGUAGAAAAGCAGGGCAGGACAAAGCAGGAGAUCUCAAAGAUCGACGCCGACACUGCUGUUCUAGAAACACAACGUAAAGCUGAGAAGGCCAAGGCUGACUCGGAACUUACGAACCGCGAAACUGAACUAGACUAUAAUAUCCAGCUCAACAAGAUCACCACUCAGCGCCAGAAGGAAAUGAGAGAUGCCAAGUUGCAGAAACAGGUUGAAACCAAGCGCGCAGAGACAGAGCUGGAACGUCUCAGGGCCGAGCAGGUCACAAAAAGCAAGGUUGAACGUGAAUCAGCCCAGGAAGCGGCCGAUGCUGCCUACUACACGGAGCAGAAGGCGGCAGACGCACAGCUGUAUAAGCAAAAGAUGGAAGCUCAUGCAGCUUAUUACCGUCAAAGCAAAGAAGCCGAUGCAGCUUUCUAUACUCAGAAGCGGGAAGCCGAAGGAACCCUUGAGAUGGCAAAGGCAUAUGGAGCCCUUGUUGACGUCCUUGGUGGCCCUCAAGCGUUCUUGCAGUACAGAAUGAUCGAGACUGGGACUUAUGAGAGGUUGGCCGAAGCCAAUGGCUGUGCUAUCAAUGGCCUUCAGCCUAAGAUCACCACGUGGAACACUGGGGACACUGGUAACGGCUCUCGGGAUUCGAUGGCAGCGAUUCGAAACAUCAUGCAGGGUCUGCCUCCCAUCCUAAGCACAAUCCAUGAGCAGACAGGGAUCUCUCCUCCAUCCUGGUUUGCGGAGAUGCCAAAGUCCAAUGGCAUGGACAACAGUCUGCCACCCAAAGAGCCGCGCCCGACAAAUGAUAUGCUUUUGAGCAACUAG